AUGAAGACAGCCGCCCACAUCGGCACGCCAGGUCUUGGAAUGUAUUGCGCAGCUGGGUGGGCUCUUGAAGGGUUUUGCGACAGUCUUGCAUACGAGAUAGCUCCAUUCAACCUCAAACUCACGAUUUUCCAAUGCAGUAUCGAAAUCGGCAUUCUCACGAAUCUAGUAACUAGCGUGCCUCCAAUAGUUCCAGCAUAUUCACCAUCUUCUAACCAAGCACCCCUUUUCCGCGGAAUGUUAAAUCGACUUGUGCCUCGUCUGCCCAACACACACACCGAAACGAAUGGCGCCCAAGAAACUGGCCAAAUUGCUUCCGUUGAGAAUGGACCAUUUUCACGCCCUGAAGUUACAUCAAUGUAUCCUCCACUCAGCCCUGCACAUAUGGAGAUUCUAGUCGCAGAAACGGUGUAUGCCAUUACCGCGAUAGGUGGCCAUGAAAACCCACCGUCGCGCCAUAUAGUAGGACAAGAGGGUGUUGCGAGUGUGAAGGAAAAGCUGAAAACUGUUAGCGAGGAGCUAGAGGACUUCAUUCAGUCUAGCUACGCCGUUGAUUACGCUGCUGGCGGCGAUCAAAAAAGGGCGUCCAAGGACGAAAAUAUUUUCGGCAUGGGAACCGGUAAUGGUGGCGUUUAG